UGACUUACAGAGGAUGGCUACUAUACUGGAAGUGUUUAAUGAUGACGUCUGGCGUCUCGUACUGGACUGGCUGCACACCGAUGAUAUUAUAAGGUCUGAGCGAGUCAGCCGAGCCUGGCAGGAUGUAAUAUACCGGUACCUCGAGGGUUGUGGUAUGAGCAUAGAAAUCGGUACUCGCCCCAAGCUCUGGUACGGGGUGAACCACAAGCUCUCUCACACCUACCGCAUACUGAGGUUAGAGGAGGAUAAACCGGAAAUACAUAGGAAUUUACUACAAAAAUGGGGUCCAUGUGUCAAGAAAGCGGAUUGUGUAAACAGCACUAUGGAAGCUCUAGUGAAGCGCUGUCCCAAUGUUAAAGAUAUUACAGUAUGUAUGACUAGUCUGAAUUAGUUAUUUUAAAACUUUAGUCAUCUUGACCAUAAAG